UGAUCCAAUUUCCAGCCAUGAAAGAAGGUAUUUUAUUUGUGCAGAAGGAGUCGUAUGUGCGCACACACACUCAUUCACCAUACCAGAGAGCUGCUGACGCUGUGUGUGUGGCUGCAUGAGCUCAGUAUGAGUGCUGAUGCCGUGGUCGUGGGCUGCUGCUGCUGCUGCUGAAGACAGUGAUAUGGAGUCAGGCUCCUUGACCCCUGCUGGCCCCGCAGUGGAGUUUGGUCUCCGGAGACUCUCUUUCGCCUAUCAGGACCUGUUGGAGAUUCCCUACGACACAAUCCUGAAACAGCAGGACAGUCUUGAGGUUCUGGACCUCAGUUACAACCUCCUGGACGAGAACCCGGCUCUUUUAGGAGGUUUGGAGAAGCUCAGCACUCUCAUCCUGGACUGCAACAACUACAGCGCUCAUGUCAAAUUCCCCUUCAUGCCCAGCCUCACCACCCUGUGGAUCAACAAGAACAAAAUCAGCAACCUGCCCAUCAUAGUGGAGGAGAUCUGCUGCAAGUUCCCCAACAUCAAAAUUCUCAGUAUGAUGAACAAUGAAGCGGCACCCAGUUACUUUAACGGAGGCAGUCUCACACAGUACAUCGACUACAGGCAGUAUGUGAUCAGUCAGAUCCUCGGUCUAGAGGUGCUGGACGACACAGAGGUGCAGGAGAAAGAGCGAGAACAGGCCCGCAAAACAUACCGGGUGCAGAGGAUCAGAGAGGCCAGCAGGAGGAGGAAAGAGCUUCAUCGCUGACAGACCAUCAUCAUCAUCAUUAUCAAAUCAUCAUCAUCAAAUCACCAUCAUCAUAAAAUCAUCAUCAUCAUCGUCAAAUCAUCAUCAUCAUCAUCAUAAAAUCAUCAUCAAAUCAUCAUCAUCAUCAUCAUCAUCAUCAUCAUCAUCAUCAUCAUCAUCAUCAAAUCAUCAUACCGGGUGCAGAAGAUCAGAAAGGGCAGCCGGAGGAGAAAAGAGCUUCAUUGCUGAAGGACCAUCAUCAUCAUCAUCAUUUUCAGACCAUCAUCAUCAUCAUAAGACCGUCAUCAUCAUCAUCAGACCAUACUUAUUAAGUCAUCAUCAACAUCUUCAUCAUCAUCAUCAACAUCAUCAUCAUCAGACCAUCUUCAUCAUCAUCAGACCAUCACAGUUAUCAUCAUCUUCAUCAUCAUCAGACCAUCAUCAUCAUCAUCAUCAUCAUCAUCAAAGAACAUCAACAGCCCCAGCACUCCUUCAUGAGCUUCACCGCACAAGCAGAUCACAUUCACACCAUAUCUGAAAACAACAAAUAAAUAAACGUGUAAUGGUGUGGAAAUCUC